CCUGCUUUGCAUCACUAGCUUGGUUCUUUUUAUAUCCAAUGAUCGUCUCAGCCUAGACCGCUGCCGCCCUCCAACAGAGCACUCCUCCGUCUGACGAACCAUCCUCCGGUGCUUCCAGCCUCUCUCAUCGCGUCUAAUAUGUGCGCCGAAACUGCAGCGCGCAUUAGCCCCUCGACCCUUGGCGAUAGGUCGCUGCCAUGUCAGAGUCCUCAAGUCCUCCCAGGAGGCCAAGGCUAUCUCUACAGAUCAAAGCCAUCUCCAAAGGGGCAGGCGCCCGAAAGUCGAGGACCCUCGCCGCUUCGGUUGAUCCGUCAUCUCCUACCUCGUUCAAUACCCUCUCCAAUGUAUACGUCACCGCUAUUGACCGCUCCACGCCGGUCCAGCAGCAAGAACCGGUGACAGCCAUCAGAACUAAGGUGGUCCUCCAGACCCCUCAAAAUGAUGGCAAGGAGCGCCGGCACCAGUCUCCCUACCUUGGACCCUAUCUAGAUACGCCCUUGACAGCCCAGCCCCUCUCCCCCGCUGUCUCGAGGGACGUGAACUUCCCAAGCACCAUGACGGCGACACCUCCGCUGUCGGCCGGGCCUGCCGACCCAAACAUGGCACGCAUCUUUUCCUUCUCGCCCAGGGAUACCGCCGGACCUUGGGCUGGCAUCCACGUCCCGCCAUCGCCAGGGACGCCGCAACGGCGAACCACCUUGCCGGCUUCAUUAGCCAAACCUCCCUAUACCCACCCACGUUGCCUCCACAGCAUCCUCCGGAACUCGCCACUUCCGCCGCUGAGCACCAAGUCACCCCUCUCCCCAAGCAGGCGGUCACUGCGUCUCCAGGAAAAGGCGGCGAAGAGAGUGGCAUACAACAGCCCCUUGGAGCAGACCAUCACGACGAACAAGUAUGUCAAGUCGCACGUCGACCUACUGUCCGAUGAUGCCUCUCCCUUCUCCCCUAGCAACGCGGAGGAGGACCCGGAGACGGUGCUUGACCACACCAUGGCAUACACAGGCAACGAGACACGGGAUGGCGGUCAGACACCAGGACCGUUUGAGGAGAUGCGCCGCCGGAUGGCUGGGCUGGGAACGUCGUCGCUGCUCUCCCCUGUGGCCGCAGGGGUUAAAAAGCGGAAGAAGGAGAAGAAGCGGCGCUGGGUUUGGACCAUUGGCCAGGACGAGGAGGAAGAUGACGUCGCAAUUCCCAAAGUGGCCGAGAAGCCUGCCGAGUCUCCUGCGCCAGAGCCCGUGGUACCUGUCAUUGCCGUGCCGGCGCCUCGGCCACGGCGGCAAAAGACAGCUAGGGUGAUCUCACUCAGCGCGCCGGCCGCGGUUGCUCCACCGGCCCCCAUCGAGCAUAUCCCUACCCUGGCUGCGGAGUCUUCCUGGCCCGCAGAGCCUCCCACGCCGAGCGUCGAGUCUGCCAUGAGUCAAGACUCGGUGUUCGACAUGUCGGCCGACGUUGAGAUGUCGGACGUCAGCAGCAUGCUGUCCGAGGUUGACGGCAAGGCCAUGCUAGACCCAGACAUGAUGGAACUGGACGUGGACACGCCGGUCGCUACCAGUGGGGCGUUGGUGAUGGGAUCCAAGUGGCUGGACUCCGUGGAUCUCGGUCUUCUAAGACAGGGGACAAAUAGGGACACGCCCAUCCCUCCCGAUUUGGUUGCGGCUUGAUCAUCUGGGCAUGAGAUGCGGGUUGGCCCGGAGGUGCAGAAGGCGUACUGUGUGAAUACGGUGUCUUGGGCAGGUGUUUGACUUGUUGCAUCGCAUGCGGGCUGGAGUCGGGCACAUUGAAUUAUGGGACAUGUACACUACCUCUGCACUGCUUUGCAAGGCUGGACGAUAUACGAUUGACGAUAAAUGUGACGAAUCAACCAACCCCCCAUCCUAUCUAGCCUAGAAUGCGGUGGAUCUCA